AUGGACGCUUCACCUUUUCCAGACCAAGCCGAGGAGCUGGACGCCAUCAGCUUAUCCUUUCAAGCCAUCUUCGACCGGCUCCUACAGACAACUCAAAGUGUUAGCAAAGACCCUAUCAUACGAUUGGCUGGUCCGGUAGAAAUCCCCAGACUGAGAGAGAUAAGCACUCCAGGGGUAUCUCAUCCAGUAGGAGACGCAAUAGAAGAUGCGUUCACCAUAUCCGACUUUCGCUUUCGAAUGAAUCACCCUCGGACGUUUGCCUUUGUUCCAGCUCCUGUCUCUCCCCUAUCGUGGAUAGGAGAUUGUCUAACGAGCGCUUUCAAUUCUUUCGCUGGAUCGGCUCUUCAAGGCCCAGGUGUGGCUAUCGUUGAGCAGACAUUACUGCAGUGGCUCGCCUCCAAGGUUGGUCUUCCGGGCACUGCUGGAGGUGUCUUUGUGUCGGGCGGGUCUAUGGCCAAUAUGAGUGGUAUGGUGUUGGCGAGAGAGAGGAUCUUAGAAGAAGGAACCGAAAGCUUGGGAAUUGCGUAUCUUUCUGAUCAAACACACCACUCAGUGAUGAAAGCCCUUCGCAUAAUAGGCAUCAAGAGCAGCCAGAUACGUGUCAUACCAACAAACGCUCUCCAAAUGGAUGUGACUGCACUCAGAAAUACCAUCAAAGCAGACCGCGAAGCAAAUCUCAAACCAUUCGUCAUCGUGGGAACAUGUGGGACGACAAAUACGGGCAGUAUCGAUCCGUUGGAGGCACUGGCUCAGAUCCGGGAUGAUGAAAAGAUAUGGCUUCACGUUGAUGGGGCCUUUGGUGCAUCUGCUGCCCUCGGUACUACGAGAAGUGCAGUCACCAGAGGGCUUGGGCUUGCAGACAGUAUUUCUUGGGAUGCACAUAAGUGGCUUUUCCAAACCUAUAGCUGCAGUCUGAUCUUGGUGAGGAAUAAGAUGGAUCUUGCAAAGGUUUAUGCUAAUGACGGGGACUAUCUGCGUGAUGCUCUUGAGCACGAAGAGAUCCCCGACUUUUGGAACUUCGGCAUGGAACUUACCCGCCCUUCGCGCGCUCUGAAGCUUUGGUUCACAUUGCGAGUUCUCGGUGUGGAACGUAUUGGAAAGAUGGUUGAUCACGGGUUCGAUCUCGCCGAGACUGCCGAAGCUGAGGUUAGAAAGCUACCUGACUGGGAAGUAAUCAGCCCAGCGAGCAUGGCUAUCGUCACAUUUCGAUACGCUCCUGCGAAAAAGACUGAGGAAGAGUUGGAUACUCUCAACGCAGCCAUCUCAAAGUAUAUUCUGGAUAAUAACAUUGCAGGACUUCUGACCACAAAGGUGCGAGGCAGAGUUGUUCUCAGGAUCUGCUCAAUCAGCCCUGUGUUGAGAAAAGAAGAGAUGGUGGAUGUUAUUGCACAAGUCAGCCAAGCUGCAAAGGCUAUUGCAUACAGCAGAGAUAUGGUAUAA